AUGCCAGCUAUUCGGUCACACUUUGUAACUCAAGGUCAGAAUGCUCUCAUGGCUACUGCUCUAGUGAAUAUACAUACAGGCAGAGGUUUACAACUUGUUCGAGCCUUGAUUGACCCAUGCUCACAAGAAUCCUUCAUCAGUGAAGCUACCGUUAAGAAACUUCAACUGCGACUAGAACAUGUGGAAGGUCAUGUGAUUGGAGUUGAUCAAAUGUCAGCACGAAUCAACCACGCUUCUAAAUUUCAAAUAUCAUCCAAAGCGAAUGACUUUACAUGCCCUUGUACUGCUUAUAUGGUGAAGCAAGUGACUGAUAUCCUGCCUGCUCAAAAAAUCAAUCACGAAUCGUGGAGUCAUCUACAAAACUUGGUAUUAGCAGACCCUACCUAUCACAAACCUGGUAGCAUAGACAUGUUACUUGGAGUGAAUAUUUACACAGAGAUACUAAUGAGCGGAGUUUUAAGAGGAGAACCAGGGUCGCCAAUUGCGCAACAGACCCAACUAGGUUGGAUCAUAUCUGGAGGAGCUUCUAAACAGAACAAUCCGCAUGGUAUUGUCACCAUGCACCUGAGCGUUGCACUGGAUACCAUGUUACAAAAAUUUUGGGAAGACGAGUCAUUGCCGAGUGAAGAACACUAUACUCUCACUGAUCUUGAGACGCGAGCUGAGAAAAUUUACGAGAAGACUGUGGAAAGAGACACUGAUGGGAGAUACGUUGUGGCACUUCCAUUUAUGAGUGAUAAACCGACACUUCCUGAAAAUUCACGACAAAUUGCAGCACAGAGAUUGAGUCAUCUUGAGAGAAAGCUAUCUAAAAACGAGAAUUUGAGACAAGAGUACAAUGAGGUAAUGAGAGAAUAUAUCACAUUGAGACACAUGGAGCCUGUGGGUGAAAACGAGAAAUAUGAAGCAGCAACUUACUUACCUCAUCACGCAGUGAUAAGAAACGACAAACAUACUACAAGGGUACGCGUAGUAUUUGACGCAUCGUGCAAAGGCACAAACGGAGUGUCACUCAACGAUGAGUUGUUGGUUGGCCCACCACUUCAAGAAGAGUUACGCAAUCUAUUAUUGAAGUGGAGAUCACACAAAGUUUGCUUUGUUGCCGACAUUAUCAAAAUGUAUAGGCAAGUGCGAGUGAGGAGUGAAGAUACAAAUUUCCAAAGAAUUCUUUGGAGAUUUAACACAGAGGAAGAGGUAAAAGAGUAUCGAUUACUUACCGUCACCUUUGGCAUGGCUUGUGCGCCAUAUCUAGCCAUUAAGACAUUAAGACAGAUCGCAAAGGAUGAAGGUAAAGAAGAGAAGUUUUUUCUUGCAAAAGAGAUAGUAACUGGAGAUUUCUAUGUCGACGAUUGUUUAUCUGGAGCAGACGAUGUAGAAUCUGCAAUUGUGGCACAAAAACAACUAACAGAGAUGUUAAAAAGAGGAGGGUUUGAACUUCAAAAGUGGUCGUCAAACAGUACACACUUUAUGACAGAAAUAGAACCAGAAAAAAGAGCAAAGAAAACAGAGAUAGAUCUUAAUAAGAAAGAGACGAUCAAAACACUCGGUAUAAUUUGGAAUGUGAGAGAAGAUGACCUACAAGUGACAAACAAGAUAGAAACUUACACUGACAAAAGUAUUACGAAGAGAAAUGUGCUAUCUGUUAUAGCAUCCUUAUACGAUCCUAUGGGUUGGCUUGCACCGACCAUAGUAGUGGCAAAAAUCUUCAUGCAAAAAUUGUGGAUUCGGAAAUCGCAAUGGGAUGAAGAUCUUACUGAAGACUUACGAGACGAAUGGAUAAAAUUCCGAUCACAAAUCGAUAAACUUUUUGAGAUAAAAAUUCCGAGGUGGAUCAAGGUGACCAAAGAUUGCCAAGAAAUACAGCUUCAUGGAUUUGCAGACGCCUCCACAACGGCCUACGCAGCAGUGAUUUAUGCUAGAGUGAAACAGAGCGACGGAACGAUAAAUACAUCUUUAUUAAUGGCAAAGACCAGGGUGGCACCUGUUAAAGAGAUUUCACUACCACGUCUUGAGUUGUGCGCAGCGGUCUUACUUUGUAAGCUGUUAAAUCAUGUUGCAAAGGCAAUGAGAAUAGAUCCUGUCCAUACUUACGCGUGGUCAGAUUCCAAGGUGGUACUGGCUUGGAUAAAAGGCGAACCGUCGAGAUGGAAACCCUACGUCAAAAACCGAGUUAUAGAGAUCAGAAACACAAUUGAGACAAUCUGGUCGUAUGUUAGCACAAAAGAAAAUCCCGCUGAUCCUGCGUCACGAGGAGUGUCAUCUGAAAAAUUGAAAAACAAUAGGCUGUGGUGGGAAGGGCCGUCAUUCCUGAAAGAGAGAGAUCUUAAACUACUUACCUGUGAUGUGCCUGAAACGAAUUUGGAGAAACGAGAGAGUGUUCUUUGCGCACACAUAAUCAACCCAAAAGAAAAUGAGUACUUACUUACCUUACUCCAGAGAUACUCAUCCUUAAAGAAACUGCUCGCUGUAGUGUCCUGGAUCCGACGAUGGCUGCACCUGAAAAAUAAAAAGGAGAUAAAUAAGAACUUACCUACAUUUAUUACUAAUGAAGAACGCGAAGAAGCACUUACCACAUGUUUGAAGAUUUCCCAGAGAGUUGAUUUUCCCGAAGAGCUUGAGAACUUAGAGAACGGGAAGCACAUCAAACGAGGAAGCCGUUUGACUUCACUCAACCCUUUUCUAGACGAAAAUGGAGUUUUGAGAGUAGGUGGACGCUUAAAGCAUGCAGACAUAGAAUUUUUGCGUAAACAUCCGAUAAUUCUAUCGAAAAACAACGUCUUGUUGUCUUUGAUUUUAAAGGAAGCGCACGCAAAAACCCUGCAUGGUGGACCUCAGAUGAUGGUAAACUAUCUUCGUCAGAAAUAUUGGCUAAUUGAUGCUGGAAAUGCAGUCAAGAGAUUCGUGCGCAAUUGUAUGACAUGUGCCAAACUAAAGGCUACUACGAGAACACAAUUGAUGGGUGCACUUCCAGAGUGUCGAGUGAAGCCCUCAAGACCCUUUUCAAUUAGUGGAGUGGACUUUGCUGGACCCAUCAAUGCGAGAAUGAGUAAAGGGCGUGGAGCUAAAUCAUUUAAGGCUUACAUAGCUUUGUUUAUUUGCAUGGUCACCAAAGCCAUACAUAUCGAAUUGGUGAGCGAUAUGACUACAGACGCUUUCAUGGCUGCGUUUAAAAGGUUUAUUUCAAGGAGGGGUCCAUGCAGGGAGAUGUGGAGCGACAACGGAACUACUUUCGUGUCAGCUAGCAAGGAGAUUCUUAAUAUUUGGAAAGAGGGUAAAUCGAGCAUUCCUGAUGAGCUUUCUUCCUUGCUGGAUAGUGAAGGCACCAAAUGGAAAUUUAUACCUCCGGGAGCCCCUAACUUUGGUGGCUUAUGGGAAGCCGGAGUUAAAUCGACGAAAUUCCAUCUGAAACGAAUAAUUGGGGAAUCCACCCUCACAUUCGAAGAGCUGAAUACACUAUUGACACAGAUUGAGGCUUGUCUCAACUCGAGGCCACUUUCACCUAUCAGUGACCAUCCUGAUGAUCUAGAUCCGUUGACACCCGCACACUUUUUGGUUGGAGAAUCACUUAUUAUUUUACCUGAGAGUGACUACACAGACCUGAAGGAACAUUCCUUAACGAGAUGGCAGUUGACACAAAGAAUGAUGCAAUCGUUUUGGAAGAAAUGGCAAUCGGAGUACAUGUCAAGAUUGCAACAGAGACCGAAAUGGAGGAGCCGACAAAAAGAGUUUAACAUCGGAGAUUUAGUCCUCAUUAAAGACCCGAGGUGUCUGCCAAGUAAAUGGCUUUUAGGAAGAGUGAUGACUAAACAUACAGGACAAGACAAUUUAACCAGAGCAUAUGACAUUCGCACGUCGACCGGAGUUGUGACGCGUGCUAUUUCGAAGCUUUGUCCAUUACCAAAUGUGUGA